GUGAAAAAUGAGAAAUUUGAGGAAAAUUUUCAAUACUCAUAAAUUUUAUACUCACCCCAUCUCGUAAAAAUGAAAAAUCCUAACUCUCUCUCUGGUGGUGCCGGCCCCACUUCGCCUCCUCGAAGUCAGCGGCGGCUACGCCAAUCCCUCCGGAUUCAAACAGUCACCAGAAUAUAUAUUUAAUCUCGAGAUAUAAUCUUGCAAACCGAACCGCCCUUAGUGUUUAUAUGUGGAUAGAAGUCCAAAGUUUGGGAUGGAUCGCAGAAUUGGACUGAAGGCGAUCCUAAUUUGCAGUUAUGGAUCUUGAAGUAGGUAGGACCUAGUUAUUGAUUGCUCAAGAUUUUGAUGGAUUGUGAGAUAAAUGGUGAUGUAAAUGGCGAGGUAGUAGGAAGCUCUACCGAUUACCAAGGUGGAACGGAUGCGAUUGUCAGGAGUUCUGCAGACGGGGUGCUCCAUCGCGGACUAAAUAUUAAAGUGGACGAAGAUUCCUCCGAGAUGGAAUUGUUUGAGUUGCAGGAUGUUGAUUGCAUCACCCCUACCGAUGAACCAUAUGUCGGCCAAGAGUUUGAGUCUGAAGCUGCAGCACAUGCUUUUUACAACUCGUACGCCACCAGAGUUGGUUUUGUCAUCCGUGUCAGCAAGCUUUCUCGAUCAAGGCGUGAUGGAACUGCCAUUGGUCGGGCACUGGUUUGCAACAGAGAGGGCUUCAGGAUGGGUGAGAAACGGGAGAAGAUGGUGCGCCAAAGGGCAGAGACGAGGGUCGGUUGCAGAGCCAUGGUUUUAGUUAGAAAAGGGAGUUCGGGUAAAUGGACAGUUACAAAAUUCGUCAAGGAGCAUAGUCACGCUCUGACUCCCGGUAAAGGCCGUAAGGACCUCAUUUACGAUCAAUACCCCAACGAGCAUGAUAAAAUCCGGGAACUAUCGCAGCAGCUGGCUACCGAGAAAAAGAAGGUUGCUACAUACAAAAGGCAUUUGGAAAUGGUAUUCGAACACAUCGAGGAACACAAUCGAUCUCUCGGAAAUAAGAUCCAAGACAUUAUGAACAGUGUGAGGGAGAUGGAAAGGAAAGAACAAGUAGAUCCUAGAUUAUGUUGACAAGAUCAUGUUUUUCCCAGAACACAAGGAGAAACAAAACAGUAUCAAGAUUUCUGUUAUAUGUAGUAUAGUAGUUUGCAUUAAAUUUUUUAGACCUUUGUACAUUUGUUGUAGGAAUAGUGAUUCAAAGUGUGUAAUGGUGCGCACUAUCAGUUGAAUAUGAAUUGAUAGUUUGUACAUGUCUUGUAGAUCAGUGUUUUUGAUUAAUAGAUUCUGUAAUCUGUAAUCAUACUAUUCUGUCUACAACUACAAAAUUUCUUUUUCAA